UGCAGCCUGAGGAGAGCCAGACACACUCUCAGGCCCCGAAUAUAGAAAAAUUAUUGAAAAAAAAUUGUAAAAAAAUAUUAAAACAACAGAUCGCGGGGAGAAAAGACCGGGGAAAGGUGUCGUGGGGUCUCCCACGGUGGGUUUCUCGUCCAGUCCGUGAUGGAAGGUUACCGGGGCUCCAUGUGAAAUUGACUAAUGCGGUGCUGGAAAGUUUUUGGACAAUGAAGAUGCAGAACAGUAUUUCCCACUCACCCCCAACCAUAGCUGUUGGGACUGGGUGAGGAGGAAAGAGAAGAGUGAAGGAGAGAAGGAGUGAGUGAAGAGUGAGUGAAGAAGAAAGAGGACAGAAGGAGGACAAGUAGGACUUUUCUACUUGUCUGCUUAGAACAGAAAGAUUUGGGCCACUGCUUUACCUUUAUGUUCCCUCUGGAUAUUUGACCCUUCCUGUGAAUUGAUUAUCUGGCCCCUCUCUCGGUGACCAGCGUUCUUUUUCAUCAAGCCCUAUCAGCUUCCCAAAUUGAGCCUGGAAGGCAGAGGAGCCACGGCCGAGUUUUCAUGGCAGGGGCACUCUAGGGCUGCCAUGGCAGCUGCUGCCGCCGAUGCCUCACACCGUAUUACCGCACUGACGCAGGAGGAAGAGGAAAGACGGACCGCCGCCAAGCUGUUUGGGAGUACAGCCCCGCUGCCACGGACGGAAAGAGAGAGAGAGCGAGAGAGGGAGAGAGAGAGGGAGAGAGAGAGAGAAAGGGAGAGGGAAGAGGAAGAAGAGAGAGCUAGCGGUAACGAGUGUUUGGUGUGCGGGGCCCUGUUCGCCUCGCAGGAUAAGCUCCGGCUCCACGCCUUCAGUCACACAGGAGAAAAGCCCUUCCACUGCUCCCAGCCACACUGUCCCAAGGCCUUCAGCUCCAAAUACAAACUUUUCAGGCAUAUGGCCACACACUCUCCACAGAAGACCCACCAGUGCUCGUUCUGUGAGAAAAUGUUCCACCGCAAAGACCACCUUAAGAACCACCUGCAGACCCAUGAUCCCAACAAGGAGGCCUUCAAGUGUGAAGAGUGUGGCAAGCACUACAACACAAAGUUGGGAUACAAGCGUCAUGUGGCUAUGCACUCUGCCACAGCAGGAGACCUCACCUGUAAAGUGUGCAUGCAGAGCUAUGAGAGCACGCCAGUGCUCCUGGAGCACCUCAAGAGCCACUCGGGGAAGUCUUCAGGUGGUGCCAAGGAGAAAAAGCACCCAUGUGACCACUGCGACCGUCGCUUUUACACUCGAAAGGAUGUUAGACGGCACAUGGUGGUCCACACUGGCCGAAAGGACUUCCUGUGCCAAUACUGUGCCCAGCGCUUUGGGAGGAAGGACCACCUGACACGCCACGUUAAGAAGAGCCACUCGCAGGAGCUGCUGAAGAUCAAGACAGAGCCUCAGGAUAUGUUAGGUCUUUUAGGUUCUGGCUCUCCACCUUGCCCUGUCAAGGAGGAGCUUAGCCCCAUGAUGUGCAGCAUGGGUCCCAACAAAGACCCAAUGAUGGGCAAACCGUUCCCCAGUGGGACACCUUUCCCGAUGGGCAUGUACAACCCCCACCACCUCCAGGCCAUGUCCAAUUCUGGGGUGGGACACCCUCACCCUUCGCUGAUGCCUAGUUCCCUGUCUGCAGCUAUGGGUAUGAGCUGUCACAUGGAACCACCUGGAUCUAUUCACCACCACCCGCACCACCACCACCAUCAUCACCACCAUCACCACCACCACCACUCCCCUCCGCUGCCCCCGCACCACCAGCCUCCGGCUCCCCAGCAGCAGCACCAGCCCCAGCCAGCCCCCAAGUACCAGCUGGGAUCUACCUCAUACCUGCUGGACAAGCCCUUGAAAGUGGAGAUGGAGAGCUUCCUCAUGGAUUUGCAGAGCGGGUUGCCAGGCCCGGUCCCCCCUGCAGAGCCCCACACUGCUGCCUCGCCCCCCAAGGACGGACUGGAGCCCACCUCGGGCCUGGCGGAUGAGCUUUGCGGGGAUCCCCUCCUGUCCAAGAGUCCUGCGGUGAUCGCUGAGUCUCUGUGUGCUGCUAACAUGGACUUCUCCCACCUGCUGGGCUUCCUACCCCUCAACCUGCCUCCCUAUAGCGCCCCCAUGAGCACGGGAGGGCUGGUGAUGGGCUACACCUCGUCCGCGGCCUCCUCCACUCCCUCCUCCUCCUCCUCUUCCUCAUCCCUGCAUGCCGCCGAGCCCCAUGCUGCAGCAGUUGCCGCGGCAGCAGCUGCUGUUGCCACGGCACCUCUUACCUCUUUGCAACCGCAACCUCAGGAGCAGCAGAGCUCCAGCGGGGGUCUGGGCCUUGGACCCCUGCAUCCCCUCCCACCAGUGUUCAGCUCCAGCCUUAGUACCACCACAUUGCCUCGUUUCCACCAGGCCUUCCAGUGAGAGGCCGAGCCCUCAGCCCAGCCCUGCUCAGCUCAGGCGGCCUCUUCACCAGCCUAAGCUCAGCUCCACUCAGCCUGGCUCAGCAUGGACAGUCAGGGCUGUGUUUUUUGCAGGGCUUGAUUAAAAGUGUGGAGAAUUAGAAUAAAUAAAUAAAUAAACAAACAAACAGUUGAACACUUAGAAGCCUUAAAUGAAAGCGCACAAAAGCUUUUGAUUGAGCCUUAGUGGAAGUUAAACCCCUUUUAUCGAGCAAAAAGGAAAAAAAAGGUGAGAAAAGAAGUUGAAGCAGCUUUUAUUUGGCUUUCUGUCUAUCCUUUAGUUAUAAUGAUAUAUUAACCCAUCUCUUUUAUUUCCAUUUAUUUCUCCUUUUACCCCCUCCCAUCCCCUGUUUAGUAGUAUAGAGGGCAGGAUCAGUAGGCCAAAAGGCGUGGUACUGCAUACUUUCUAAAGUAAUAAUAUAAAAAAAAAAAAUCAAAGAUAAAUUUUUAGUGAAGAUUAUCUGUCUUGUUGUGACCCAGAAAAAAAAAAUAGUUUGAAGUGGAUAUUUUGUUUUAACUUUUUUUUUUUUUUUUUUUUUUUUUGCUUUUCCAAAUGUGAGAACAUGCUAGAAUGCAUCUCAUCUUGAGUUUUGAACCACCUACUCUAAUAUCUAAUAACCUAAACUGUCAUGAUGACUGUGGAGAGGAGAGAGAUUAGUGAAGGAAUAAGAUAUAGAUUUUGUGUCAGCCCCUUACUCAAAAGGCCCUCCUCUAGUUGGCUAGGCUAGAGCCACAAAACCUACCCAAGCCUGAAAAAAGUGCUCUUCAAAAAUUAAAAAAAGAAUAGAUUGAAUUUCCUAUUGUUUUCUUUUAGCUGCAGCUGAUAUGCAGCGACUCCUAGAGUCAAUUCAGUUUGAAUGAAACUAGCUCACUAAAUGAGACAACAGAGACCAUGUCCUUAUUGAUAAGGGUCUGUCUGUUUGCUGCCAAACGCAAAACCAGUCACACAAACGGCCACACAUUUUUAAAG